GUUAAAAAUUAGUUUUAACACCUGACGUAGUUGUAACUUUUCACAACAUGGCGUCCGACAGAGGGAAGUAUAGGACAAACAUCAAGAAACGAACAGAGUAUGCUUGUACUAUAUACAAUCGUAAAGUGUCAUACAGUGCGGCCAUGGAUGCGUGUAUUUGCGCGUGCACGAGUAAAGCUCUCUGUAUACGUCCAUCAUGAAUCAAAAUUUACGGUUCUUUCAUAUUUCUUGUUUAAUGUUUUCGUCAAGAAGAAUAAUGCAAAUCUAGUCUCACAACUAUCAACACCUUCUUAAUCUUCUUAUGGAUUGCUGUUUCCACAAGGAUGAUUCUUUCUUCCCGUUAAAUGUCUACAAUUAAAUAAAUGAAAAUUUAACUUACAAAUAUGGAACAAAGUAGAAAUAGACCAAGUAGACCACGUUUACGGUCACACGGUAAUUCUGCACGAGUUCUUGUAUUUGAUCAAAUGGAUCCAAAUGAAACAAAUUGUAGUACGGAACAAACACCUAAUCGUUCUACUACAAUAAUAUCUAAAGUUGAAAGUAAAGAGGCUCCUGUUCGGCCAGUUAGCGGAGAAUUAUCAAAUUUAGUUCGUAUGCGGAAUUCAGCUAUUGGGAAAUCAGCCCCUUCUUUGUCAGUUCACAUGCGUGAUCCAAACAUUCCUCGUCGAUCUGCUAAAGCAGCUCAUCGUAAAUCAUUCAUUGCUACAACAUCACCUACUCUACCACGUUGUCAUUCACCUUUAUCGGCUUUCAUCCCAAUUGUAGGCAGUCCUCUAGAAAGUCCUAGGAUGUCAUCCAGUCCACAUUUUGCUUUUGCUCCUGUUAAAAGGAUUGGGGGUGCUACAGGGACUGGUGAUGGUAGAAGAUGGUCAGUUGCAAGUUUACCGUCUAGCGGUUAUGGAACAACACCUGGUUCAAGUAAUGUUUCUUCACAAUGUUCGAGUCAAGAACGUUUACAUCAAUUACCAAAUAUUCCAACUAAAGAUGAAUUACGCAUGUUAUCCUGCCACUUUUCUAAACCUGGAACACCAUGUUCAUCGCAUCCAGGUUUUCCUGGUUCUACCAUUUCUGGUAGUCUUGAUGAAGAAGGUCGUAAAUCGCCAUUACAUCGACCACGGUCACGAAGCUUAAGUAGUCCGAGUCGGUCACCUGUUCUUGAUAGUGAAAUUGUCAUGAUGAAUACUUUGUACAAGGAACGAUUUCCAAAAGCUACACAACAAAUGGAAGAACGUUUGACAAAUUUUAUUAAUGAAAACAAAGAAAUCGAUGAACGUGAAGUAAAGGCACACAUGACUCCAGAUUCUUUACCAAUUUUACGUUUUGUUCAUCAUCAAGUGAUUGAAAUGGCAAGAGAUUGUUUACAAAAGUCACAAGAGAAAUUGAUCACGACAAGAUAUUUUUAUGAAAUGAGCGAAAAUUUGGAACAUCUAUUGAUGGAUACGAAGGAAAAAUCAUUAGAAGCUGCAACACGAUUGACUGGUUUAAUUAAAAAACUUUUAUUAGUGAUCUCACGUCCUGCACGAUUAUUAGAAUGUUUAGAAUUUGAUCCAGAAGAAUUUUAUCAUUUGCUUGAACAAGCAGAGGGUCAAGCUAAAUUUAAUGCAGGAGUUAAAACUGAUAUUCCUCAGUAUAUUAUCCAUAAGCUUUCUUUGAAUAGAGAUCCAAUAACUGAAUUACAAGAAGAUUUGAACAAGUUGGAAGAUUCUGCAAGUUCUAGUGAUAGUAACUUACAAUUAACGUCGAGUCCUAACAAAGAUGAAGACAAAUCUCAACGUAUUCCUUGUGAAAGUGAUUAUGAGGUACUCAAACUUAUUAGUAAUGGGGCAUAUGGAGCAGUGUACUUAGUUAAAGAAAAGACAACCAGACAAAGAUUUGCAAUGAAGAAAAUUAAUAAAAAUAAUUUAAUGCUCCGUAAUCAAGUUGAACAAGUAUUUGCUGAAAGAGAUAUCAUGAGUUUUACAGAUAAUCCUUUUGUGGUAUCUAUGUAUUGUAGUUUUGAAACUAAGAAACAUUUAUGUCUUGUAAUGGAAUAUGUUGAGGGUGGAGAUUGUGCGAAUCUUUUAAAAAAUAUUGGUCCAUUACCAUCAGAUAUGGCAAGGUUUUAUUUUGCAGAGACUGUUUUAGCUGUAGAAUACCUACAUAAUUAUGGUAUUGUUCAUAGGGAUUUAAAACCUGACAAUUUACUUAUUACAGCAUUGGGUCACAUUAAACUUACAGACUUUGGUCUUAGCAAAAUGGGACUUAUGUCUCUGGCAACAAAUCUGUAUGAAGGAUAUAUAGAUAGAGAUACUCGACAAUUUUCUGAUAAACAAGUAUUUGGCACACCUGAAUAUAUUGCACCAGAAGUUAUAUUAAGACAAGGAUAUGGAAAACCUGUUGAUUGGUGGUCCAUGGGAAUUAUACUUUAUGAAUUUCUUAUUGGUUGUGUUCCUUUCUUUGGUGAAACACCUGAGGAACUGUUUGCUCAUACUGUUAAUGAUGACAUAGAAUGGCCAGAUGAAAAUGAUUGGCCAGUUCAUCCUGAAGCUAAGGAUAUCAUCACUGCAUUAUUACAACAAAGUGCUAGAGAUCGAUUAGGAACUGGUGGUCCACAUGAAGUUAAAGAUCAUCCUUAUUUUUAUGGUGUUAAUUGGAAUAGUCUUCUUAGACAAAAAGCUGAAUUUGUACCACAAUUAGUUGAUGACGAGGAUACGAGUUACUUUGAUACUCGUAUGGAUAGAUAUAAUCAUGAUAUAGGUGAUGAUACAGAUGACACUGAUGAUUCACCUUUAUUUGGAUCAUUUUCUUCAUAUUCUCCACAAUCAAGAAAAAUUUCUCAAAGCCGUCCACAACAAACGAAUACAGAACCAGAAACGGAUUCUAAGAAGCAACCAUUCCAUACUGAAUUAGAAAACACAGUUUCACAACUUUCUAUUGCAUCAAAUACAAGCGUUACUUCAACUGUUACUACUACGUCUAAACUCUUAGAUACAAGUCAAAAUUCCGAGAAAAAUCGAGCGUUACUUUCAAUGAAGACAGCUCCAUGUAUUGAAAAUCCAAAUAGGCCUACAAAAUCAAACAUAUCAUCUAUUGGUUCUAUUUCUAGUGGUACUACCGAAUCUCAAUUGACUGUGGUUAAAAAUAUUCAAUCAGAAAAUACUUUUGUUAAUUUGAGUACUCCGGAUUCUUCACAAACAGAAUCUGAAGAUAUCAGUCCACAGAUACAGAGGAAACGUCACACACAUGCUCGUGAUAAGCUGCCCAGGUUCAGUAUUCCUAUUGAUGAUGAGCACAUAUUGGAUUUAACAGCAGCGAAUAAGGAAAUCCUGGAAGAUAAACAUAAUUCCAGUACUGAUUCCUUUGAAUCUUAUAGUGCAGUUCCCAUUUUACCAACAAAUAAAUCUAAGUCAAGGUCUGUUAUUAAGUCUGCAUCAACUAGUGGUUUAUCACUGGUAAUACCAACCAGUGAAUUUACUUAUGACUCUAUAGUCAGUAAUCAAUCUAUCGAAUCACCUGGUGGAUCUUCUACUGCUUCUUCAAGAGACACAUCUCCAUGUCGAGAAUUAAGUCCUCUUGUAACCAGUUUAAAACCACCCAUCAUUAUAAGAAGAGGACCAUGUGGGUUUGGUUUCACUGUGCAUACCAUCAGAGUAUAUUAUGGUGACAGUGAUUUUUACACUAUGCAUCAUUUAGUAAUGGCCGUUGAUCAAUCGAGCCCAGCGUUUGAAGCUGGUUUAAGGCCAGGAGAUCUAAUAACGCAUAUAAAUGGAGAACCUGUACAAGGGUUAUAUCACACUCAAGUUCUCCAAUUAAUGCUGAGUAGCGGUGACCAUGUUACUUUACGUAGUACACCUUUAGAAAAUACCAGUAUUAAAUCUGGCGGUAGAAAAAGAGAUCUUACGCAGAGUAAAAUGGCGCGCAGAACUUUUCAUAAACAAAGGAAACAAAAACGAGAGCUUUCUGACAAGAAACGAAAAACGUCUCUCUUUAAACGAAUAAGUUCAAAACGUGCUAGUGUAGAAAUGCAACAGCCAUUAAGUAUCAAUUGUCCAUUGUCAGCACCCAUUCUGUCCAGUGACAACAAACCUCCACUUAUGAUGGCUGCAGGAAUUUGUUCACCUUCUAUGGUGACCCCUAGUCGAUCUUUUCAAUCCUUUACACGCUCACAAGAUAUUACACCUCAUUAUGGUGCAUGUACAAAAUCCGUCUGCAGUCCUUCACCACCAGCAAAUCGUACCAAUUCAGAGUCCUAUCAUUCAACAGGAAAUUCAACUCCAUGUUCAAGUCCUAAUUCCUCUUCACCAGGUUCUAAUAUUUCUAUUGGAAAUUUGUCUAAUCAAUCGCAUUAUCAAAGACCAAGUACUUUGCACGGUUUAAAACAUAAAUUACAUACUGCUGCAAAGAAUAUUCAUUCUUCAAAUCGUAGAAAGUCUGUAGGACAUAUACCUUUAUCUCCAUUAGCUAGAACACCCAGUCCUUCGCCACUUCCUGCUAGUCCAACGAGAAGUCCAAGUCCUUUAGCAUUUCCUACUGGACAUCAACCUGGUAGUUCGAAUACUACGCAAUCAUAUAGCCCAGGUGUAUGUUUGUCAGCACCUAAUAGCCAGAAAAAAGGAUAUGGACGUCCAAAAUCAGCGGAACCAGGGUCACCACUUUUAAGAAGAGCUCUCAGCCCUGAUAGAUUACAUCCUCGUUCAGCUGAAAACAAAACAUCGAUAUCUCCCUUAGCAAAUAGCGUUGUUAAAGUAACACCGCGUGUGACAAUCGCUCAAACGUCGUCUCACGUUGAAAGUUUUGAAGAGUCAGGUGAUAUGAAUAAAGAUAUUAUUAGUGAUAUUAAAGGAGAGAAAAAAGUGUGCGGAGAACAAAAAAAUGUGGUAGUAGAUUAUCCAAAAUUGACACACGGAAUUUCGAUUAAUAUCGCUAACGUUGGUAUUUCUAAUGCAUGCGGUAGUACACAAUUACCGAGAAUAGCUGAAGAAAAAGAUUCACCAACUGGAACUAAGAGCGAUGAUUAUACAUCUAAAGAAGUGGUGCCUGUGGAGAAAAAUGAUGAUGAUAAUGAUGAUGAUGAUGAUAAAAAUGAUGAUAAAAAUGAUGCAUGUAAUGAUCGAAUAUUAUUAAAAGAUAAAAAUGUAGCUUAUAAUAAUGAAUCCCGUAGUGUUUAUCCCAACGAAAUAAGUGUUAGUAAUUUAGAAUCACGAAAUAACGAAUCGAUAAAAAAGGACAUUGUUCAUCAAAACGAAUCAUCGAGUACUCUGGUAACAACAACAACAACAACUCAUGGUGCUGCUGGUGUAUCUCCAUUGACGUUAGAUCAAAAACAAUUGAAACGUAAUGAAACAGAAUUAAAAUUAACGUCAUUUCAUUUGGGUGCUCCUGAACAAUCAACUUCUAAUAAGAAUAGUGUAGAUAACACUGAAGAGUGUCGAAAAAUAUUUAAAAAAUAUAAGGAUAAUAAUUCCGAGAAUUUGACUACUCAUGAUGAUGAUUCAAUACGUUCGUGUGAUGAGAACAGUGAGUUUUUAAGUGAAAAGAAAAAUAUCUAAUUAUGUGUGCGUGUAAUAAUGGUUUACUUUGAAACAAAACAAAAAAAAACAAAAACAAAAAAAAAGAAACUGAUUUUUUUUUAGAAAUAGGUUCAUUAUCAAAUUUAGUAGCGAAAGCAUCAUUACUUGAUUAUAAUCAAUAAUGCUUAUUCAAAAAAAGAAAAAGGAAAAGGAAAAAAAAAAUAAGGAUAUAAACCAAAAUCUCUAGUUCGUGUUUUUGAUGUGAUGAUGAUGAAAA